GGGAAAUGACGUCAGCGGCUGGUUGAAAAUUAGCAUCUCUCUUUUGUGAGGCAGUGCUGCAUAAGGAGCAAUAUAAAAACCCCGAGACGGCAGCUGGACAGCCUUCUCCUGCCUGCUUGGAUCAGAGCGCCGCACCCCACUCUCCGCGUUCUUGCAGGACUCAGUCACACAACAGGGGGAAGAAUGAGAGAGAUUGUUCACAUUCAGGCUGGCCAAUGUGGCAAUCAGAUUGGAGCCAAGUUCUGGGAAGUGAUCAGUGAUGAACACGGAAUCGACCCCAGCGGAAACUACGUGGGCGACUCAGACCUCCAGUUGGAGAGAAUCAGUGUCUAUUAUAAUGAAGCCUCAUCACACAAAUAUGUGCCUAGAGCGAUCCUCGUGGAUCUUGAACCUGGAACCAUGGACAGCGUUCGCUCAGGAGCUUUCGGACACCUUUUCAGACCUGAUAACUUCAUCUUUGGCCAAAGUGGAGCUGGUAACAACUGGGCCAAAGGCCACUACACAGAGGGUGCCGAGCUUGUGGACUCUGUCUUGGAUGUGGUGAGGAAAGAGUGUGAGAACUGUGAUUGUCUGCAAGGAUUCCAGCUGACUCACUCUUUGGGAGGGGGCACUGGCUCAGGAAUGGGUACUCUUUUGAUUAGUAAAGUGCGUGAAGAGUAUCCUGACAGAAUUAUGAACACUUUCAGUGUAGUGCCUUCACCCAAGGUGUCUGAUACAGUGGUUGAGCCAUACAAUGCCACCCUGUCUAUCCAUCAGCUUGUGGAGAACACCGAUGAGACCUACUGCAUAGACAAUGAAGCUCUGUAUGACAUCUGCUUUAGAACCCUUAAACUGGCAACACCCACAUAUGGAGACUUGAAUCACCUUGUAUCAGCAACAAUGAGUGGGGUAACAACUUCCCUUAGGUUUCCUGGACAGCUGAAUGCUGAUCUCCGAAAACUUGCUGUCAAUAUGGUGCCAUUCCCUCGCCUUCACUUCUUCAUGCCUGGCUUUGCUCCACUGACCGCCCGAGGAAGCCAGCAGUAUCGUGCCCUUACUGUUCCAGAGCUCACUCAACAGAUGUUUGACGCCAAGAACAUGAUGGCAGCCUGUGAUCCCCGACACGGCCGUUACUUAACAGUGGCCACUGUUUUCAGAGGCCGCAUGUCAAUGAAAGAAGUAGACGAACAGAUGCUAGCCAUUCAGAGUAAAAACAGCAGUUAUUUUGUUGAAUGGAUCCCAAAUAAUGUUAAAGUGGCAGUUUGUGAUAUCCCACCCCGUGGUCUUAAGAUGUCCUCUACUUUCAUUGGCAAUAGCACAGCUAUUCAAGAGUUAUUCAAGCGUAUCUCAGAGCAGUUUACUGCCAUGUUCAGACGCAAGGCUUUCCUUCAUUGGUACACUGGAGAAGGUAUGGAUGAGAUGGAGUUCACUGAAGCGGAGAGCAAUAUGAAUGAUCUGGUAUCAGAAUACCAACAGUACCAGGAUGCCACAGCUGAAGAAGAAGGAGAAAUGUAUGAAGAUGAUGAUGAAGAGUCUGAAGCCCAGGGGCAAAAGUGAGCAUUUCAGCAGCAGACAACAAAAAAAUGGUCAAGCAUUCUAAUGAUCUCUUCAAACCCUAUGAGUGUGAAGCUUUUUCAUGUCUUCUUUAUUUUCUUAUCCUGCUCUUUAUUUGCUAAUUGGUAGCGCUGGUUCUAGAUCACUGGCACUAAUGUGGCUUCAUAUAGUUUCAUAAGCUGGUAAGAGAAAUAACCCCCAAGGAAAUCCAAGUGUUUUCAAACAGGUCAGACAAAUUUAGAAAUUUAGCAGCUCUUAGCACAUUUAUUUUGAUAAUGUAAAGGUCCUAAUUUUUAUUUUGUACUGGUUUGCAAUUUUUUUUCAAUAUUUAAUAAAAUUAUUGCUGUCAAAGGA